AUGAUUCUAAGCAAUUUCCAGGCCCAACGGCCCCUGAGGGUUAUCAGCAUCCUAGCCGUGCUUGGCUGUCUCUGGCUCUGGCUCAUCACUUUCCACAACUCCAGCUUCACCAGCGGUGCUAUAAGCUCCGAGGUGCCCCUCCACGGUGCCCCCAAGUCUGAGCCCCAACAACCAAAAACCAUCAACAAUGAUGCCCAGAAUGUCGACCACUCCGUUCCCGCCGGUUCCGGCCCCGAUGCUCCCACGGUCAAUUCGCCUCCGCCAGCUACGAACCAACCCGCCGAGCAUGAGAAACCACCGGUGAAAAAGACCUCUCGUGUGGCCAAGGUCACCGUCGCGGCUAACGCCCUCGACGUUGAUGUCAUCCAUCGCGCAAUGCAGACGCAUGAGCGCCAUAACCGCGAACAUGGCUACUAUCACUACAUCGCCCAGAAUCAGGCGGUCAGCAGCUUGAUUGAGAACGACCGCGCCGGCCGGCCCCAAGGCGCAUGGACCAAACCCGCCUAUCUGCUCUCAAUCAUAGUCGCAGAACUAGAGAAGCCCGAGGAGGAGAGGUUGAAGUGGGUUUUCUGGUUCGACGCCGACACGGUAGUCAUGAACCCUUACACCCCUUUAGAACUCUUCCUCCCACCUGAGAAUGCCAAGGGUCUCUCGAACGUCGACCUCGUCAUCUCAUCCAACUGGGACGGCCUCAACUCGGGUGUCUUUGCCUUCCGCGUGAGCCCAUGGUCUGUCUCCUUCCUGUCGGCCGUACUCGCCUACCCCAUCUACAACUCGGAGCGCAUGAAGACCGACCGAUUCCGCGACCAAAGCGCCUUCCAGUUCCUUCUUACCGACAAGGCCUCUCCUCUAGCGCAGACGCCCAUGGCUGGCCGGGAUCAUUGGGUUGACGUGCCGAUCCGCUGGUUCAACUCGCUGCCCGUUAACAAUGCUUUCUUCAAAAACGGCACCUGGCUCUUCGGCAAGCCCAUGGUGGAGGAGCAGUUUGACAAGGGAACAAACGAGGUGUUCAACGACGGUCACGGCGGCAAGGUUCAGAAGUGGAAGGUGAUGCAGGGUGACAUGAUUGUGCACUUUGCGGGAACCUCGUACGUGCGCGACAGCUGGAUGGGGCCCUGGGUCACACGUGCCGAGCAGGAGCUUCCAGAAUGGGCCAACAAGACGACCAAGGACGUCCUGAAGGUUGAAGUCGACAAGUUCUGGUCCGAGCAAAACAAGAAGUUGACCAAGGAAAGAGCCGCGUCGGCGAUCGAGGAGGAAAAGAAAAAGAAGGAACAGGAAAAGAAGGACAAGGAAGAGAAGGAGCGCAAGGAGAGGGAGAAAAAAGAGAGAGAGGCUAAGAAAAAGAAGGAGAAGGAGGAGCAGGAGCGGAAGGCCAAGGAGGAGGUACGCGUGGGUGGUCACUAA